AUGGCGAAUGUGGCGAUUCUUGAGCUCAGUAGAAACUGUGCCAAGACAGUGGAAGAGAUAGUGAAAUUGGAAAGAAAGAUCUUUCCAAAACACGAAUCACUAGCUUCAUUCUUUCACGAUGAACUGAAAAAGAAGAACAGUGGAUUGCUUUACCUUCAGGUGGAUGGCGAGCUUGCAGGCUAUGUCAUGUAUUCUUGGCCUUCUUCCUUGUACGCCUCCAUCACCAAGCUCGCAGUGAAGGAGCAAUGGAGGGGGCAAGGUCAUGGAGAGACUCUAUUGAAAGCUGCAAUUGAGAAAUGCAGGACAAGAAAAGUUUCGCGCAUAAUGCUUCAUGUGGAUCCUUUGAGAAUUCCUGCAGUGAAUCUUUACCAGAAACAUGGUUUCCAAGUUGACACGCUGAUCCAAGGCUACUACUCUUCAGAUAGAAAUGCUUUUAGAAUGUACUUGGACUUUGAUUCAAGUUGA